AUGACAACUAAAGAUAAAAGUUCUAUUCAAAAAGACACUGACUCCUUACUACAUAAUAAUAUCAUCUCUCGUAAAUAUGGUACCAUCUCAGAACAAACUUUCACAAAACAUGUGACUGAAGAAAAUGCCUUGAAACAACAAUCUUUAUGUGUCAGUCAACUCGAGUGUGGUAAACAAAAUUCUAUAGCUUUCACAUCGAAUUGCUCCAUUUUAGAAUCUUGUUCUGCUGCUUUGGUUGUAAAUAACGACGGAAGUACUGCGCGUGACAACUUCGCACUUGAAAGAACCUUUUUAUCAUGGUUACGUGCAAGCGCGGCCCUAAUGCUAACAGGUUUUUCAAUUUACUCUCGUUUACAAUUAAUUCCUCAAUCUACUACACCAUUUUAUGAAGAUCCACAUCCAAUAGGCAUCUUACUUAUAUUCUCUGGUGUAUUUGUUCUUAUAUGGGCCGUUGUAAAUUACUUUCAAUUUCAAAUAAUGUUAAAAAAGAAAAUUGCUGUUGUUGAGAAUGGAAAGGUUAAUUUUUUUGUAAUCGCUAUAAUUGGCACAUUAAUAUUCAUGGCAUUAUUCAUAAAUAUGAUAUAUGCUAGUCGUGCAAGAGAGAAUACAAACGAUGAACCUAGUGGUGCUGCAUUCUUGGAAUUUAUUUAUUGUUGGGG